AUGACGUCUGAUCGAGCUAAGGACCUGAGAACUGACCCUGGAGCUCCCGCAUACAAUCCCGAUGGAGGCUUUAGGAAUAGCGUCGUCCAGCAACUUCUAAGAUCGUCAUCGUCGUCCACUGAUGUGCAACCACCGCCUGCAACGUCCUCCAGAUUCCUUGGACAAAGAGAGGGUCAACUCAAUGCUUUAUUUACAUCUUCCACAAGAGGUGCAAGUUCUACGAUGUUUAUGUGUGCAGAGGGUGCAAGAAAGGAGGUCUACAUAAUCAGAUCGAGGAGUAAGGCGUUCCACAAAGUCAGGGGCAUGACUUGGGACAACAUCCCUGAAUCGUUCUCCCGACUUCAUGAUGGAACUCGCUUUCUGCAACUAAAAACUGCACAGGUGCAAAUAUACUGCUCCCGAAGAACGAUCGAGAAAGCAUAUAGAAAUGGUCUCCAUGCUCUUGUCGCAGAUGGUGUACAUCAAAUACUGCCAGAGCAACUAGGGGAUCACAGCCAGUUGUAUACAAUUCACGGAGUGUGCAACAACGGUGUAGAGGUUCCCCUUUUUCAUGCUCUGACAAGGAACAAAACGGAAACAACGUAUAGAAUGAUUUUUGGAUAUAUUGAAGGAGAAUUUGUUGCACUUGGUGGCGUUCCCAGUUUGCGAUUAAUCGUUGACUUUGAAACUGCAGCUAUAAAUGCAGCAAAAGCGACGAUUCCAAGCAUGACCGUUGAGGGCUGUGGAUUCCAUUUAGCCCAAGCUUGGAAUAGAAAACGAGACUCGCUCGGCCUCAGGCGCUAUUUGAAAGGCCCACACAAAAGUAGAGCAGUUCUGAAGUGGUGGAGAACCAUAAAGGGGCUUCCAUUUUUACCGAAGCACUUACAUCGACGUGUGCCGGGACUCAAACUGCGCCGAAUUCUGAAGAAGAAGAAUGUGGACUUAGAAGUGAUCCUUAGACGGGUGAGAGCAGCGAAUACAAGGGCCUUUGCAGACCUCUGUGCCCUUGAGCAAGUGCCUGAUAGGGAGAGAAACUUAAGGACAAGGGACUUGGAGCGAAGAAGGAAAGUUGCGAGGGAAAUGAGACGUUUCGCAAGAGAAUUGAACGGCGCCUACAUAUUGACGUCUACAAUAAUCAAGUAUUGUCGACGCAUGUCAAGAUAUAUUUCGGAGAAGACAAUUUGA